AUGGCCGACACUGCCCAUGCGGAGCGGGUUAAGCCCACCAAGCCCGAUGAGGAGGCCUACAAGGCCAACUUGGCCCAGGCUGAGAAGGAACACACCGCCGCUCAGGAGAAAUUGAACCAAAUCAAGGCCAAGUUGGACGGUGCCAAGCCCAACAACCAGGACUCGCCUGUCGCCAAAAAGCAGCAGGAACUCCGCGCCGAACUUUCCUCCAUCCGCCAAAAGCAGGCUGGCUUCAAGACCUCUCGUUCCAGCAUCCAGGAGAAGAUCAAUGGUCUAGAGUCGACUUUGAAGGCGCGCAUUGCUGAGCAGAACAACUCCCGCGGCAAGAUGUCAUUCAAGAACGUUGAGGAGAUCGACCGGGAGAUCGCCCGUCUUGAGAAGCAGGUCGACUCUGGUACCCUGAAGCUGGUGGAUGAGCGCAAGGCUCUUUCCGAUAUCUCCCAGAUGCGCAAGCAGCGCAAGGGUUUCGCCGGUCUCGAGGACGCUCAAAAGGGAAUCAACGAGUUGAAGGCGCAGAUCCAGGAGCUCCGCAAGAGCAUGGACAACCCCGAGGCCAAGGCCCUAGGUGACAAGUAUGGCGAGAUCCAGAAGGAGCUGGAUGCCAUCAAGGCCGAGCAGGACGGUGUCUACAAGAACCUGAACGCUCUCCGCGACGAGCGCACCAAGCUGCGCAACGACCAGCAGAAGAAGUACACUGCUAUCCGUGAGAUUAAGGACAACUACUUCAAGGCCCGUCGCGCCUACAAGGAGUACGAGGACGAGGCAUGGCGUGUGCGCCGUGAGCGUCAGAAGGCUGAGCGUGAUGCCUUUGAGCGUGAGAAGCGCAAGAAGGUCGCUGACAAGAAGCUCGAGGAGGCGUCCAACCUCGCCUACGUCGAUGAGAUCCUAACUGCUCAAGGUCUCAUCCGUCACUUCGACCCCGCCUACAACUUCGCUGCCCUUGGUCUAGACAACAAGAAGGAUGAGGAUAGCAACUUCCGCGCCGGCGUUGGCCGCACUGUUGACGACUCCGCCAUCAAGGGUAUGAAGGUCGUGCGCAAGGAUGAUGAGGAGGACUACUUUGUCGGCAGUGGUGGCAAGAAGGGCAAGAAGGGCGGCAAGAAGGGUGCCGCUCCCGAGGCCUCCAAGUUCAACAUGAACGUCGGUAUCAUUGAGGAGUUCAGCAAGGUCAAGAUUGAUCCCCCCAUGAACCAGUCCGACGUUCCCGCUGCUAUCGAGAAGCUGGCCGCCAAGAUCACCGAAUGGAAGAGCACCCAGGCCAGCAAGACCGAGGAGAACAUUAAGAAGGCCAAGGAGGAGAUCGCUCGCCUUGAGGAGGAGGAGACCAAAUCCGAGGAGAAGUCCAACGGCCGCAGCACUGAUGCCGCCAAGAAGCCCGCUCAGGCUAACGGUGCCCCCACGGCCGAGGCCGAGCUGACCCAGGAGAAGGAUGCCGUUGCCGAUGCAUCGGAGGAGCUUAAGAAGGCCUCCCUUGAGGACCAAGCAUAA